ACACUGCUUCGGUAUUACCAAAUAAAGUCAACAUAGGUAUCCGCGCAUUGCUAUGUGUAAACUAAUGCUCAAACAAGAUGCUACAAAUAAAACAAACCAUAGGUGGAAUAAUAUAACCACAUGUAUAGCGACUUAACAGAUCUGGCCAGUACUGAAUUUAAUUAUUAAUAAUUUAAUUAUGAAUUUAAUUAGCUAAUAUAAUUUUUUUUCUUUUCAAUAGGUACAUUUUUAAAAAUAAAACCGUUUAUUUUGUAUACAAAACAUUCAGUUCAGUUCUAAAACAUUAGUUCUAAAACACAUAACGUUUGAAAGUGAAGGAGAGAUAUUUUCAUUCAUAGUUAUAACAGCAUAGGUAUCUACAUAUACAAUCCUGCGCAGUUCAGAACUGUUAUCCCUUGAAGGGAAUCCUUGUAUUUUAUAGACCGAAAUGAGUAUUUGUUUACAUCCCCUAUUACACAAACAUUUUAUACCAUUCGCCAAAACUUCUAAGUGACUUCGUAUAUCAACAUAAAAAUUACAAGUUCACUUAAAAAAAUUCAGUUACAAGCCGGUACUCUCGAAAGUUGGACGAUUUACUGUAGAACUUUUAUAAGUAGCGUCAUCCGUUGGGACAAAAGUAAAGGUCUUGUCUGUUUAUGCAAUUUCUUCCUUCGUGGCAUUGAAAUGUUCUAAGGCAAUUUCGAAUGGAUUUCGGUGUUGAAUUAUGUUUACUUUUUCAUAAUAUAGUUUCUUACAAAAAUAAAAUAUAUUUAAGUGUGACACGGUGUAUUUAAUUACUUUUCGUAUUUUAAUUAGUAUAUGUUUUGUUCGUGUUUUCCUUUUAGAAACCAUUUUACGCAUAUAAAAAUACAAGGCAUACACCAUCAAAACCGCAAUGUGUUUCCACCAUAGCAGGAUAACAAAAAUAUUCUAAUGAUAUUCUUAAAAAUAAGUGUUUGUCGUCGGUCGUUGGUUUUGUUUAUGCCUUUUUAGGAAGUUUUUGCGUGUGCUACAUUGUUGUCCUUGUCCUUGGCAUCGUAUUCGUAUCCGUUGUCGUAGUCGCUCGUUUUUCCGUUGUCGUUGAUUUUUGUUGGCCGGAUAUGUUUUUUUGUGUAUAGUCUCUCGUUGCUUAUCUCAAUCAUUAUAAUUCGUUUGCCAAAUAAAAUGUAAACAAUUUCGUGGGCCAGUUGUGUGCGCGCUUAUAAUAUUCAUUAUGACAUGUUAUGUGUAAAAUGAUUCAAAAUGGAAUAAGAUUCUUUGCACAAAUACAUAGAUAAGAAAAAAUCAUACAAGAUUAUAGAUAAAUAACGAAGAACGUGCUGGUUGUGUUAUAAAGUUAUGAAUAAUUAAAUUUUUGUUUAGCCAUAAAUAAUUUAAGUUUCCAUAGAUGUUAUAGAGAGAUUGAAGAAAACAGCUGAGACAAUGUAAAAAAAAGUAUGGACUUAUUAGCAUAAAUAUAACAUAUCUUCCACAUAUCUCGUAUAAAAUGAUAUCAUUACAAAAAUUAGCGCUACCUACUAACAUAUUGCUGUUUAUUACUUUUUGCUCGAGUAUCGUAACCAGUAAUUUUAAUGUCUUACCAAACUCGAAAACAUUGACUCGAACUGACUACUGGAGACGUAAUAUGAGAUCACAACAAAUUCUAACAAAACAUAUCAUUGAUGAUAAUACCGAUCCAGGCCGAACAAGAUGGAAGCAAAAAUUAGACUAUCAUUAUCAUUCAACAUUUACGGACAAUAAUAAUAAAAGAGACACCGAAAUAAGUGGCAGCAGUAGUACAUGCAAUAAUCAUCAGCGACAUCAUCGAAAAAAGAGACAUCACUAUCACUCGCAUCAGCAUCAGCAUCAAACGAACAUUCACCAUCAUCCCAGCAAAAACAUAGAACAUGAUUUUCCAAUUGAAGAUGAUUCUCAUCUUAAUUUGGAUGAAGAUACUGAAAACAUACGCGUUGAUUUUAAUAACGAAGCUGGAACAAUCACAUCCGCUUCCACUAUUUUUAGCUAUAAAGGCCAAGAUGACUUCCAACCACAUCAGCAUAAAAACUUUCGCCACCAUAACGACGAUGUAAUGGCUCAUCACCAUUUCCAUUUCUCCCAUCAACAACAAGAAAUGAAUUUUGAAUACGAUACAAUUCAUCAUGUGUAUCCUACCAAAGAUGACGGUGAACUACAUCAUGAGCACCAUCCUUCAUACGUGCAUACAUCUGUUACGUCGUUGCCGGAUCUCAUCUUUGAUGUGCCUUCUUCGCAUCAUGAACAUACCUUGGACCAUGAACACAAAAAAACCAAAAUUAAAUAUAAAAAAAAACUAUUUCGGUCUUUACCAGAUAAUGGAAUGGAACUUUUAGACCAGCAUCAUAAUGCACGUCAUUGGCCAGUGAAAAGAGAAGCAAUAGUAGAAGGUAGCUUAAUUCUUGGCGGCCUAAUGAUGGUUCACUCACGUGAAGACACCGUUAUAUGCGGGCCAAUCAUGCCGCAAGGAGGGAUUCAAGCGUUGGAAGCGAUGCUUUAUACAAUUGAUCGAAUAAAUGAGGGAAAAUUAUUGCCGAAUAUAACAUUAGGUGCACACAUCUUGGACGAUUGUGAUAAGGACUCGUAUGGUUUGGAAAUGGCAGUUGAUUUCAUAAAAGGUUCCAUUAGCAACAUCGACGAUGCGGAAUACCAUUGCAAUAAAACACAAGUGCGCAAGGUCAUAUCAGGAGUUGUUGGUGCCGCUUCUUCAGUAACUUCAAUUCAAGUAGCAAACUUACUUCGAUUAUUUCGAAUACCUCAGGUUUCAUUUUUCUCUACAAGCCCCGAGUUGAGCAACAAACAACGUUUUGAAUAUUUUUCGAGGACUAUACCCUCUGAUCAUUAUCAAGUCAAAGCAAUGGUUGAAAUAGUUAAGCGCAUGGGUUGGAGUUAUGUAUCUAUUAUUUAUGAAGAAAGCAAUUAUGGAAUAAAAGCAUUUGAAGAACUUGAAGAUUUACUCGCCCUACACAACAUCUGCAUUGCAAUUAAAGAAAAACUAGUUAAGGAUUCAGGAGUGGCCGAAGAAAUUGCAUACGACAAUAUUGUUCUCAAAUUGCUCACGAAACCCAGGGCCAGAGGUGCUAUAAUUUUUGGUUCGGAUCAAGAAGUACGUGAGGUUAUGCGUGCAGUUCGCAGAAAUAAUGCAACCGGUGCCUUUUCAUGGAUCGGUUCGGAUGGAUGGAGUGCUAGAAAUCUCGUUUCAGAUGGCAAUGAACCGGAAGUUGAAGGAACUCUAUCUGUUCAACCACAAGCAAAUCCAGUGAAAGGGUUCGAAGAGUACUUUCUUAGUUUAACUGCCGAAAACAAUCAAAGAAAUCCUUGGUUUGUCGAAUUUUGGGAAGAUCAUUUCCAAUGUCGCUACCCAAACAGCUUUGUUACGCCAUACAACAAUUAUAACCACACCUGCACUGGGAAAGAGAAGCUCACUCGCAACAAUACUGAUUUCGAGGAUCAAUUGCAAUUCGUAAGCGAUGCUGUUAUGGCAUUUGCAUAUGCUCUCAGGGAUAUGCAUCGAGAUCUCUGUGGAGGGCGGCCUUCACUCUGCGAAGCUAUGAAACCAACCAAAGGUGCAGAUUUGCUGAAAUAUCUCAGAAAGGUUCAAUUUCAAGGUCUAAGCGGUGAUCAAUUUCGAUUUGACACCAAUGGGGAUGGCCCAGCCCGGUAUAACAUCAUACACUUCAAACAAUCUGAUGUUGGUCAGUAUCGCUGGGUUAAAGUUGGCGAAUAUUAUGAGGGUGAACUGCGGUUGAAUAUGUCAGAAGUGCAGUUUAAAUUGUUGGACCCAAAACCUCCAGAGUCAGUAUGCAGUCUCCCAUGUGAACGAGGACAAGCAAAAAAAUACGUCGAAGGCGAAAGCUGUUGUUGGCAUUGUUUCAACUGUUCAACAUACCAAAUCCGGCAUCCCAUUGAUGAGACACAGUGUUUGACUUGCUCCUUGGGAACAUUACCGGAUAUGACAAAAGAGUACUGCCGUGACUUGCCAGAAGUUUAUUUACGUCCAGAAUCGGCUUGGGCUAUUGGGGCAAUGGUAUUUAGUGCCACUGGCAUUUUUGUGACAUUAUUUGUUGGGGGAGUAUUCGUGCGUCACAACGACACACCAAUCGUGAGAGCAUCCGGACGUGAGCUUAGUUACAUCUUAUUAGCUGGGAUACUUAUGUGCUAUGCCGUAACUUUUGCACUCGUUCUUAAGCCAAAUAAUAUCGUUUGUGCUAUUCAGAGGUUUAGUGUAGGAUUCUGUUUCACUGUUGUUUAUGCUGCACUAUUAACCAAAACAAACCGAAUUGCAAGGAUAUUUAAGGCUGGGAAACAAUCAGCAAAAAGACCAUCUUUUAUAAGUCCGAAGUCACAGUUGGUUAUUUGUUCAUUUCUAAUAUUUAUUCAGAUUCUAGUCAAUGGAGUGUGGAUGAUAAUUGCACCAUCGCACGCUAUGUAUCAUUACCCUACAAGAGAAGACAACCUUCUCGUCUGCGAUUCAUAUAUUGAUGCUUCGUACAUGAUAGCGUUUUUCUAUCCAAUUAUUCUGAUAGUGAUUUGCACCGUUUAUGCAGUAUUGACGAGAAAAAUACCAGAAGCUUUCAACGAAUCUAAACACAUUGGCUUCACGAUGUAUACGACAUGUGUCAUUUGGUUGGCAUUUGUACCUUUAUAUUUUGGAACUGCAAAUCACGUCCCCCUGAGGAUAACAUCAAUGUCAGUCACGAUAAGUUUGUCAGCGAGUGUGACGAUUGCGUGUUUAUUCACACCGAAGCUGUAUAUCAUUCUUGUUCGACCGGAGCGAAAUGUUCGCCAAAGUAUGAUGCCCCCAAGGUAUGGAAUGCAUCGUGGUACAGGAACAGGUCCAUCUUCGAUGAUGGCUGCUGCUGUUGUAACUGCAGCUACGUGCGCUCAGGAGGAAAAUAUUCAAAAACAUAUAACACCAACAACAUUAGAUGAUUCAAAAAUAGCAUCGGUGAAGCUUUGUGAAAUGGCAACACAAACAAUUGCCCUUUCAAACAUUUUUACCAACGCAACUCUAACGAGCACCUAUCAAAGCAUUCCAUUUGUUGACCAAAUUGUGCCAAACCUAAACGAAGUUAUGUUAAACAGCAGCAAUUACAUAGAGCACGAAGUGACGAACAAUAACAAAAUAAAUCACAACGUUAAUGGAAACAAUCGUUGCAGUCAAAAUCAGUCUUCAAAAUCUUCAGUGCGGUCAAUGGUUAAGCAAAGCGACGAGGAAAAGACCAAAGAACUUCAAAGUGAAAACUUGUUGUUGCAAAAGCAAACAAUCCCAAUCCAAACAAUAUCUGCAACAACAACGAUUAGUGAAAACAACGUUAUAGAUACAAGUUUAUAGCAAGGCGAGAUAAAUAAGAAGAGUAAUAGUGAUAGUAAAAAAGAAUGCGGGCGUACCAAUGGAGAUCACAACGAUUGCUCCGAGAACACCAAGCGUUCUGCCAUCCCCGUUUAGAAAAUUCGUUUCCAGAUAGCUGAGGAAGAGUAAUAUUGUGUAUUGUUAAUACAUAGUACCAUACCUAAUGUUAAAUUAUAUUCAUACGCCAAUACCCAUAUUUUAUUAAUAACUGUGGACACAAAUUAUGUGUAUAGCAGGUAUUAUAAUAGUUAACCCUUUAACAACAACCGCCAUAUUAUUUACUUGUUUAAAAAUACAUCUGGACGUAAAAAAACUUAAAUCCAAAUCCAUAAUUUUCACUACUUAAAUCCAAUCCAAAUCCAAUUUUUUAAAUCCAAACAAAUUUAAACUUUUCUCAGGAAGUCUGUUUAACCUUAUAAAUCCAAAUGUGAAAUCCACUGUUCAGUUGAUUUGUCAAGUAUCUUGAAAUAUAAAAAUAAAGAUAAAUGCAAACUAUACAAAAUUUAUUGAAUUAUCACAUAAUUUAUUUUGAGUGAAUAUAAUGAACGAAAAUAUAAAUCCUUGGAUUUAUGAAAUUCGGAUUUGCUUGAUUGGAUUUAAUAUCCACUUAAAUCCAAACGAAAUCCAGAGUGAAUAAUAUGGCCGUUAUAAUAAAUAAGAUCCUGUGUUUUUGUUUUCAGUUUAAAAGUGUGCGUGUGUAGGUACAUAGUUUCCAAUAAAAUAGGGCUAAUGAUAAUUUAUUAAGAAUAUCCGUGCGAAUGUAGGUAAUUUAAAUAAUAAUCAGCCCUAUUUUGAAAGAAAACUUCCCCGCGAAUAUCGUUCGGGAAAAGGCAGAAUAUCGUUCCUUUUCCGCUUUAAAUUUGUUUUCUUUUCGUUAAUUAUGAUGAAAAAAUUAAAGGGAGCGAAGUUUUUGGAAGAUUUUUUUUGGGAACCCUUCUCCUGGCCACAAUUCCUCGGAAGUUUUCAUUCAAAAUAAUGCUGAUUAAUAGGUUGGGUUAUACAUAAUUCAAAUUUUCAUUUGGUUUGAUUUAAGUGCUUACCAGUCCUUGCUAAAACAUGGUCUGUUUGUAUUGCUUAAAAAUGUGUUAGAAAAGCCUGAGUUGGAAAUUUUGGAAAUGGUUAGAUCAAAAAGCGAAGAGCGCAUUUUUGUUGCGUGUACUUUUAUAAAGUUUGAACAAAGCGCUCUACGCUUUUUGAUCUAACCAUUUCCAAUAAGUCGAUUAUAUUAUUUUAUAUAGUUUUUAGUGCGUGAUAAAAGCGUAUUUUUGUCUUUAAAACUAUGUAUUUUAUUCAAUCCAUUUAUUUGUGAUGCUUAGCCAUGUAAUUUUUCAUUUGAUGUUGAAAAACUACCUGACUAGGCUAUCUAAGUACACUACAUAUACAUAACACGCUAUUUCACCUGAACAGUUUGCUUCACCCUAUUGUAGGUUUUUAGCUUAUAGUCCAGUGCAUUUAUAAUUCGACCCAGCAGUUUGUACCACCCCCAAAUUUUUUUUGCUCAUUCGAUAGAGCAUUUUCUGAAUAUCAUUACCCUGAUUUUUCGCACUUGUGAAAUUUACAUUUCGGCCGCCAUCUAGGAUUUUCUACCUCACGUCCUCACCCACAUGCUGGGUUUGUUCAUUGUUGUUAUUCAAGAGUUGGUAAUAGUCCAGUGCAUUUAUGAUAUUCAUAUAUGGGCGACCCAGCAGUUUGUACCACCCCCAAAUUUUUUUUGCUCAUUCGAUACAACAUUGGCUGAAUAUCAUUACCCUGAUUUUUCGCACUUGUGAAAUUCACCUUUCGCCCGGGAUCUUGGAUUUAAGUUUUUGUUGAAUAUCUCGAUUUCUAUUUAUCCUACAUAAAAGUUGUAUAGACAAAAAACGUAGGCGUCUUUUAUGUUAAGAACACUUUUUCGAUAAAAAAUGACGAUUUUAAAGUUUUGAGCACUUUUUAUCAAAAUUAAAA